AUGUUGCAGCGCAUCACGACGUUGUUGGUGCAUCAAAUCAGCCUGUUCCACAUCGAUAUCACGCACUACCACCCGGAUAUCCUGCCUCUCUUCACGCCCAUCAACGACACGGUCUUUCUCUUCUCCGUUCCCGAGUCGCUCUCCCUCUCUCUGCUUUCCUUUCUCAUCCAAUUGGCGCCGUCGCUCGGACACACGCUUCUCGUUGGAAAGCCCCCCAUUCGCCCGCUUUUCGCUCUCUUAACCGCGGUUCUGCCCGAACGAAACAACCACAAGACGAUGGUGAGUCGCAUCGAGUCGCUUCUGCUGACGAUUCUGCGGGAAUUGGGAUUACUCGCGGGGAUUCCGUUCGCUGAGGCGUUCCUUCAUUUCGUGCUUCGCACGCUGACUCCCGGAAUGAUUCCUUAUUUCGCGGAUAGUGUGCAGGAUUUGAUGCGGCAGCGUCUUGUGUUCCUCACGCGGAACCAUGCGUUCCACGAAGAAACCCCGCUCUUUUACCACGCCUUUUUGUGGUCUCUCUUCAAGCCCAAAACUGUGGGAUCCCCCUUCCAGCUGCUGUGGCUCACGCAGCUUUUGCUGCUGUCGAAUCCGUCGGUGGUGCCCUCCGUUCUCUCGCUCACGCAGCGAUACAUUCGCGAGGCCAUGGGCGAAGAAGAAAAAGAAAAAGAAAAAGAAAAAGAAAAAGAAAAAGAAAAAGAAAAAGCGAAUGGAAUGAAUGAAUCAAAUGAAUCAAACAAAUCCACUGGAACCACGGGAACCAAGCUUCUGGGCUACAAGCUGAGCGACGAAGUGCUGCAGACGCUCCAGCGCAUCGUUUCGUUCUGGUCCGACCCCCAGUCCUUCUCCCAAUCCGUCUCUUCUUCUUCCUCCCUCUCUGUCUAUCAAAUCGAUAUCCAGUCCACCGUCGCCUCCUUACAAGCUUCCUGGGACGCCGCCGCCGCUUCUCUCUUCGCUUCCGUCCAACACCACGCUCUUCUCCGCGAGCAGAUCGAGCCCUUGGUUCCCUCUCAACCUCUCCUCAGUCUCGUCUUCGCCUUCGCCGGCUCUCCGCUCCACUCCGAAUCUCUCCUCUCCACGCUUCGAUUCCUCGCCGAACGCACCGCCAACGUCGAGAACGAGCUCCUUCUCAUGCUCCUCGCCAUCCUCCACGACACCGACUGGCUCGCCUCGCGCAAUCCACGCUUUCUCUCCCCCGCCGCCGCUCAGUCGCUCCUCUUUUCGAGUCUUUUCUGCGACGCCUCGCUCGCCUCGCUCUGGCAGUCGCGCGUUUCCGACGCCGAUUUCGCGUCUCUGCUCGCACUGUCGCUGCAGCCCGCGUAUUCUUCGCUCUGGCUCGCGCCCCGCACCGCGGCCCCCGCGCUUCUGACGCAUCUCUUCGAGCUCCCUGCGAAGGCAGCCGCGCAUCAGUUCGAUCGCUCCCUCGCCGAACUGCUUCUCCAUCAUCUGGAAAGCCCCGUCGCCGUUCUCGCGCUCACCUUGCUGCAGCCCGUGCUCUUCGCCGAGGAGAAAAUCGCCGUCGUGUCGUUCAUUCUGGAGCGUGCCGACGACCCGGCCAUUCUCGCGCAGCUCGGCAAGGCCCAGCAGCCGUGGACCCUUCCGCUCGAUUCGACGCUGCUCUCCUCGCUGCUGGACGCGUUGCCGCGCGUGCCGCUCGCGGCGAAGCUGCUCUUCGACGCGCUGCAUCCGCUGGUUGAUUCGUACAGCGCGGACGUCGUCGCUCUGCUGCCUUCCAGUCUCUUGGACGCCUGUUUCUCCCAUUUCGACGACGCUCUCUACCGCAAUCUGCUUCGUCUGGUUCUCCAGCUGCAGCCCGCGUUCCACUCCUCGUUCCUCUCCUCUCUAACCGCCUUCUCGCAGUCUCCCUUCUACGCCUCCUUCUUCGCCGAGCUCGCAGCUCUCGUGGAGAUCUGCCUCGCUCGCUCGUCCUCUCUGGCUGCCUCCCUGUCCGCUCUCCAAUCCUCUCCCUUCCUCCAGGACCUUCUCCACUCCCUCGCCCUCUCCGACGUCUCUCCUUCCCAGUUCCGCCUCCUUCAUCGCCUCACGCAGCUCCCUGCCCUUCACUCCGUCUUCGCCCAGCUCGACAUUCCCUCGCUCUGCAAGCAGGCGCUCCACGCCUCCGUCCUCCAAACCGACCGCCUCCGCGCUCUCCUCGCCGCCGCCUCCCUCGCCUCCGACGCGGACCGCGCCAUCGCCAUCGUCUUGCUCCGCUCUCUCCAAGCCAUCGGAAAAACCGCCGCGCAGGCCGCGGCCGACGAGCCAAUCGCCUCUCCCCAAUGCGUUCUGCUGGUUUUGGAGGCGUGCGACGCGCACAAAUCCGCGCUGGAGCAGGUGCUCCGCAAGCAGCCCGAGCUCUACGCGCGGUUGGUUCGCACGCUGCUUCGCAACCGACUCGGCGAUGCCGCGGCCAUCGCGCUGCUGACGCGGCUGGUCGAAACGGCGGUGCGAGCGGAGCUGGCGAUCCCCGAAGCCUCCGCGGGGCAUUUGCUGACGCUGCUGACGACGCACUCGCAGUUCGACGCGAUGAUUCGACGCGCCGCGGAGGAAAUGACCGCUCAUUCCGACGCGGAGUACCGCAAACGCUGGCUGGAAUUCGAUGGAAUCGCCGAGACGCGCUCCUUCUCCUAUCGAUUCAUCUCUCUUCUGACGCAACUCAUCAAUCUCUCGCCGCAGGAUUGCUCGGCUGCGCUCUUCACGCGGCUGCUUUCGAUGUACGGCUGCUCGCUGUCUCCGCAGGACCGAUUGCUUCGCGCCACCUUCCGAGCGCUGGACCUCGCCGGCGUGUUCGCGUUGGAGGACGUCGGCUAUCUGUUUGGAAGCUUCGCGCCGAUGAAUUCGAAUGGAACGGUGCAGAGAGCGAGCACGUGGAUGCUGGAAGCGGUGAGCGGACUGCGGCUGCGGAAGAGUGUGGAGCAUUUCCCGCGGGAAUGGAGAGAAGAGGAGAAAAUGGAGAUCGAGGAUGGAGGAAACGGAGAAAAAGGAGGAAACGGAGAAAAAGGAGAAAAAGGAGAAACGGAGAAUGAGGAGAAUGGCGAGAAUGAAGGAAUUGAAUGGAAAGACAACGAGGAUGAGGAGGAAAAAGAGGAGCGAAAUCGGCUCGAAAUGCAGGAGGAGAAACGUCGAAACAGCGUGGAUUUAACAGACUCGAAACAGGGCAAGGCGCAGUUCGAUCCUUCGAUCGACUGCCUCGACGCGCUUCUCCACACUCCCUUUUCGUUUUCGUUGGAUUCGCGCGACUGCGUGAUGGUGGUGGAUCCUUCGUUCUAUCUGCCGCUUCUCCACUAUUAUCUCUACCAAGACCACGUGAACGUGCAGGCUUAUCUGGCUCAUGGCGUUGCUGGCUAUUUAAUCGCGUGUCUGACUUCAGAGAAUCAAAUCAUUCGACAGACAGCGAGUUGUUUGCUUCAACGAUUCGUCGAUCUCGUCAUCGACGCUUCCUUCUUCGAGCAGAAACAAAUCCUCAUGCUUUUCUUGAAGCUCCAGAACUCCAUCAUCAAUCCUGCACUUCGCCUUCCCUCCCUCAUCGCUUCCUUCGUCAACGAAUCCAUCUACAUUCUCCAACGCCCCGAAAACCCUCUCUAUUCCGUCAUUAGUCGCUUCUGGCUCUCUCACCCCGUCUUUUAUCUCUUCGAUACGCCUCUCUUCGAGAAGCUUCUCGCCACCGAAAGCCUCGAUUACCGCCAACUUCGCGGCUGGUGCAUGCGAUACAUCCUUCGAGGCGUUCAAACCAAGCGCGAUUUCCACAUUCUCGCGCGUCGCCACGUCUUCCCCGAGCUCCAAUCGCUCGCUCUUUCUUCUCGCACCGACGCUUACAUCCAGAAAGUCGUCAUUGCGAUUCUUCAACGGCUCGUCGCCAUUCCCGCGGUGACUCGCAAAUUGGUGGCGGAAGCGGGGAUUCUCCCGUGGUUAACGCUGAUGGUGCGGCAGGCGAAGCAGCGCGUGCUUCUCUACGCGAUCGCCGCGAUUCUGGAGGAGGUGGAAAAGGCGAACGAGCCGCACGCGUUGCUGAAUGAGUUGAAUUUGCUGCAGCGAUUGCUGCUGAGUUUGUCGGAAGGAACGGAAGCCGAGUACCAAGCGGAUGUGAAUCGGCUGCUGCUUCCCUGUCUGCGUGUGCUGCAGUCGCGAAUCGAGCGAUUGGGACAGGCGGUGCCUCGAGAAAUCAAUCAAUUGGUGGUGAGAUUGUGGCGAUCGUGCGUGGAAGCAGUGUGGAAGUUGAUGGAGGCGCGGAGGAAACCGAGUCAGGAAGCGAUUUUGGAGAAUUGCGAGCUGUCGAGUGAUGAUUUUUAUUUGUUGUGUGCGCCGCGGUUACGCGAUUUGAACGCUUGCUUUGAGGAUUGCUGCGAGUGUUUGAGGCGGAUCAAAACGGUGCUUCCGUUCUCUGUGGAGAAGGAAAGUCAAUGCGAAGGAAUGGUGGAACGAUUGUUAUUUUGA